AUGAAAACUAUAUUAUUACUCUUUUUUUUAAUUACCUUAUAUUUAAAUUUUAAUUUUAGUUUAGGUAAAGAUUUACCAAAACCAAACUCAUCCCCAGCUGUAUUUUCAAAUGAUAAUCAUUCUGAAAAAUUCCAUAUUCCAUGGUUUCUUUUUUCAAAUUCAAUUGAAUAUGAAAUGUUUGCAAGUGAAGUAAUAUUAAAUGUUCAAAAAGUAAUAAUAGAGAAUAAUAAAAAUGAUACAAAUGGUAUUUGUUCAAAAGGUGUUUUACAAAUGAUGAAUUAUGUAAAAACUCAAGGAAAUGGACAAUUUUCAUGGUCAUUAUUUGUUUCAUCAGUGGAACAAUUAUCAUCAAUGUGUGGUAUGGAUGGAAUUUAUUCAAAUAUUACAAAUGGUAUUUCAGAAAUUUUAAAAAAUGGAUUUAGUUUUGUUGAUAUAAAACCAGUUGGUGAUGUUAGUAAAAUAUUUUAUUGUUUUAAAAAUACAAUUUAUUAUUAUAGUGAUAAAAGCCAUCAUGCUCAAGAAUUAGGUAAAUGUAUUGGUUCUCAAAUAAUAGGUGUUCAAUAUUUAUAA